GGUACAAAGGCUGGUCUGGUCCCAAGUCCUAACCCAGCCAUCGAAUCCAAGCAAGAGAUUUUUGGCCCAGUUACUCUAUAAACUAUAUAGCAUCGUUUGCCCAGAGGUGUAGUUGUAGUGUAGCUUGCUCUGCUAAUCGUAGACUGUUUUCAGAAAACUGCUCCACCAUGAAGAACAUCAACCUCCAGGGACCCAUAUAACCCCCAUAUGAAGUUUAAGUAGCCACCACUCAUCACUCGUUAGUUGGUGUCACAGAAAGAGGGUAGAAGUUCGAGUGAAGUGCACCAUUUCAGGAAAGUCAUAUACUAACCAAAAAGCCCAGCACUGGCAGAAUUAGCAUGUGGAAAAAAAUCCUCAAUCGCCAACAGAUAUUGUUUUCUGUUAGGCAAUACUCUAGAAUUUCUCCUCCACAACCUGCUUACGCUGACCCGGUAAUCCGGGUUUCCAACAACAUAGCCCAAUUGGGUGGCCCAAAAGAAGGUCCAAAGCCUCGGCAGCUCCUGUCUUUGCCUCCAUUUCCUGCUCAUCCUCUACCCAGAAAGAACUCGUUCAGCAUCCCUGGUCAGUCCACUCGGGUCACCGCUAUCAGUUGGGUCAAGUAUUACUUUGAUGAGAUUUCGGACACUGUGAUUCAGUCACAUUUCAACAAAGGCCUUGUCCAGAUAGAAUGCCCAAUUUUGGAGGACUCCUAUGUUGACAAGGAAGGACAUAUGAAACCUUUGAGGAAGAUUAGGCCUAAUGAGGUCAUGGAGGCUGGGGCAAGAGUUUACAUACCUGUAUCAGUUGCUGAGACCAGGAUUUCCAAGAGAUUUGACACUAUUCCAAGUGGGACACUAUAUCCAAAUGCCGAUGAGAUAGAGUACUUGCAAAGGCUUGUCAAGUACAAGGACUCUGCUAUAAUUGUGCUAAACAAGCCCCCAAGACUGCCAGUUAAGGGGAAUCUGCCUGUUCAUAACAGCAUGGAUGCGCUGGCAGCUGCAGCUCUUUCUUAUGAUUAUGAUGAGGGUCCUAAGUUGGUUCAUCGUCUUGACCGAGAGAGUAGUGGCCUCCUUUUGAUGGGGAGAACCAAAGAAAGUGUAGAUCAUCUUCAGUGGUUAUUUAGUGACAUAAACAAAGCAAAUUUCUCCUGUGAGGCUUGGAAUGAUGCAUAUGAAGCAACAUAUCAGAGGUAUUGGGCUUUGGUCAUAGGCUGUCCCAAGCAAAAGGAAGGCUUAAUUCGUGCUCCUCUUUCAAAGGUGCUUCUGAAUGAUGGGAAGACUGAGAGGGUCAUCUUGGCUCAUCAAACAGGUUUAGAAGCUUCUCAAGAGGCAAUAACUGAAUAUCGGGUUCUUGGUCCUAAGAUAAACGGAUGCUCAUGGAUUGAAUUACAUCCACUUACUAGCCGGAAGCAUCAGCUCCGUGUCCAUUGUGCUGAAGCUCUUGGCACUCCAAUUGUGGGCGACUAUAAAUAUGGUUGGUUUGUUCACCAGAGAUGGAAGCAAAUGCCUCGAGUUGAUAUUGAGCCAACAACUGGGAAACCAUAUAGGUUGCGAAGGCCAGAAGGUCUGGAUGUUCAGAAGGGAAGUGUUUUAUCUAAGGUUCCCUUGUUACAUCUGCACUGUAGAGAGCUUGUGCUUCCCAACAUUGCAAAGUUCCUUCAGGUUUUGGAUCAAAAGUCAGAAAAGCUGCAUCCCGCACUGAGCUCAAAGCCAGAUCUCCUUCGUUUUGUGGCAUCAAUGCCUAACCACAUGAAAAUUAGCUGGAAUCUUAUGUCUUCCUAUCUGGUAUAAGAAUGCAAGAAAGUCUGUUCUGUAGAGUCUGAUCUACGUUUCUCUAGAUUGAUUUUGGUGGUGCACUUUAGCUGUUAGUGUACUUUGAUAAGUUGAUAUUAUGAUAUUUAUAGUAAACCACAUUUCAAUA